AACCGUGGGGCAACGCCCACCCCCAGACGCCACUGACAUUUUUGCCAAUAUGCACGGUUUUCGUCCAUAAGAGGGAGUCAAGUUUCUUAAAAAGCACCGACCCGGCCCCGCUUGCUCCACAGACGCGCCAAGCCGCCACGGAGAGGAGUAGACACAUAUUUAUGUCCUCGUCUUUUUUAGCGGCAAAGUGGAAACGUGUCCAUUUCGGACGGGUGGAUUGUGACAACCACUUCCCUUUAAAAAAAAAAAAAAAGAAGUGGAUAUUCUUCAAACUCAACCUGGAUUAACUCAAGCGGCGUUAGAACAUCUUUUCAUUCACCUUUUCUUGUGUUUUUUUUUUUUUAAUUGUUUCGAUAUGUUGUGGAAAUUAGCCGACAACGUCAAGUAUGAAGAUGACUGCGAGGAGAGACACGACGGGAGCAGCAAUGGCAACCCGCGGCUGCCUCACCUGCCGGCGGUCAGCCAGCAUCUGUACAGCCCGUCUCCCUCCCUCUCACACUCGGCCAGCUCGGACUUCCAGCCGCCUUACUUCCCUCCCCCGUACCAGCCCAUCUCCUACCCGCAGUCCGGCGACCAUUACUCCCACCUGGCCGACCCGUUCAGCAUCAACUCCAUACACCAGUCGUCGCCGGCCUCCAACCAGCAGCAGUGGCCCGGGCGCCAGGGCCAGGAAGGCCUAGUGGGACACGGCAGGAGCGGCCUGGCCGGCCAGAUCCUCGGUCUGGAGGGCGGAGGCUCCUCCGGGCUGAGGAGGGAAGGCUUCCGCCGGCCGGAGCUUCUUGGGCCGCACGCUCACGGCAUUGAGUCGUCGGUGAUGGGGGAAAACAUGGGCAUGCACGACAUGGGCCACGGGAUGGAGGACGUGCAGCACGUAGACGACCACAGUAUUAUCAUGGCAGAUCAGACCGUUAUCAAAAAAGUAUUAGGACUGCGAGGGGGCAGGAGCCUUGAUCGCGUACAGAGGACUUGUUAUCAGGGGGGCAUCCUUGCGGGGCCUGUGACUCUUCCCAAAGGCAAUUCCCUGGGCCUCCCCUUCCAGAAGGAGUCCCUGCUGGGAAUGGUGUCCAACCCCACCGAGGUGUUCUGCUCCGUCCCGGGUCGUCUGUCGCUGUUGAGCUCCACCUCCAAGUACAAGGUGACGGUCGCCGAGGUCCAGAGGCGACUCUCGCCGCCAGAGUGCCUGAACGCAUCGCUGCUGGGAGGAGUUUUACGCAGAGCCAAGUCGAAAAACGGUGGACGCUCCCUGAGAGAAAAGCUGGACAAAAUCGGGCUCAACCUUCCGGCAGGAAGAAGAAAGGCUGCCAACGUCACUUUGCUUACCUCACUGGUGGAAGGUGAAGCGGUUCACUUAGCCAGAGACUUCGGUUACGUGUGCGAGACAGAGUUUCCUGCCAAAGCCAUUGCGGAGUACCUGGGCAGGCCUCACGUGGAACGCAAUGAGGUUAACUCGCGCAAGAACAUGCUCCUCGCUGCCAAGCAAAUCUGCAAGGAGUUCACCGACCUGCUCACCCAGGACCGCUCGCCGCUGGGAAACUCCCGGCCGGCGCCCAUCCUGGAGCCGGGCAUCCAGGGCUGCCUGACUCACUUCAGCCUCAUCAGCCACGGCUUCGGCUCGCCGGCCAUCUGCGCCGCCAUGACCUCGCUGCAGAACUACCUGAACGAGGCCCUCAAACAGGUGGACAAGAUGUACCUGAGCUCCGGCGACGACGGGGCGGGAGACGGCGGCAGCAAAGCCGCCGACAAACUGGACAAGCACAGGAAAUGAGACGCUCUCCCGCGGGGGGGGGGAUCCGCGUAUGAACUCCGGGUUUCCGCCCCAUUUUUUUUUCUUUUGUACGAUGACAACUUUGGGAGAACAUUUUUUUUUUAUUUUUUUUUUUACCCCCCCCUCACCAGAGGACAUCAUUUCAAGAUGCUGUGAGCCCCCCUGCCUCCUCCUCCUCUUGUCUGGAGGCAAAUCCUCUGAUUUCCUGCGUCUCAACACGACGGACCACUUUUUAUGAGAAAAAGACACAAUUCUCUCCCGUUUUUAAAAUCACAAAAAGCAAGCUGAUUAUUGUUUGUGCUGCACCUCGUCACGUCAGGAUGGAUUCCGUGUUCCUGUGCUUUGCCGACCUCCAGAAACCUCGUCAGUGUUCACACAGAGGAUGCUGCCAUGUCUGAAAACUAGGGAUGGGCAUAGGAAGCCAUUUAUACACUGAUUCUCAAACCCACUACUUCUGCUGGGUUCUUCAUGAUAUCACAGACUAUACACACAAUCCCUUUGUUAUUCAUGAUAUCACAGACUAUACACACAAUCCCUUUAUGUCCUAUAGACCAUGUAUUCAUCACUAUAUGAAUACAUGGCGGUAUAGCUCAGUCGGUAGAGCGGCCGUGUCAGCAACUUGAGGGUUCCAGGUUCCGCCACCUUAGUCACUGUCGUUGUGUCCUUGGGCAAGACACUUUACCCACCUGCUCCCGGUGCCACCCACACUGGUUUAAAUGUAACUUAGAUAUUGGGUUUUACUAUGUAAAGCGCUUUAAGUCACUAGAGAAAAGCGCUAUAUAAAUAUAAUUCACUUCACCUCAGUUUUUGUUAUUAGUCCCUUCCAAAAGUCAUGCGACUGAUUUUAUUCACUGAUUCUCCAACCCACUACUUCUGCUGGGUUCUUCAUGAUAUCACAGACUAUACACACAAUCCCUUUGUCCUAUACUGCCAUGUAUUCAUCACUAUAUGAAUACAUGGCAGUAUAGCUCGGUCGGUAGAGCGGCCGUGUCAGCAACUUGAGGGCUCCAGGUUCGAUCCCCGCUUCCGCCAUCCUAGUCACUGACGUUGUGUCCUUGGGCAAGACACUUUACCCACCUGCUCCCGGUGCCACCCACACUGGUUUAAAUGUAACUUAGAUAUUGGGUUUUACUAUGUAAAGCGCUUUAAGUCACUAGAGAAAAGCGCUAUAUAAGUAUAACUCACUUCACAAUUCCAGCAAUACCUCAGUUUUUAUUAGUCCCUUCCAAAAGUCAUGCGACUGAUUUUAUUCACUGAUUCUCAAACCCAUUACUUCUGCUGGGUUAUUCAUGAUAUCACAGACUAUACACACAAUCCCUUUAUGUCCUAUAUUGCCAUGUAUUCAUCACUAUAUGAAUACAUGGCAAUAUAGCUCGGUUGGUAGAGCGGCCGUGCCAGCAACUUGAGGGCUCCAGGUUCGAUCCCCGCUUCCCCGAUUCUAGUCACUACCAUUGUGUCCUUGGGCAAGACACUUUACCCACCUGCUCCCGGUGCCACCCACACUGGUUUAAAUGUAACUUAGAUAUUGGGUUUUACUAUGUAAAGCGCUUUAAGUCACUAGAGAAAAGCGCUAUAUAAAUAUAAUUCACUUCACCUCAGUUUUUAUUAGUCCCUUCCAAAAGUCAUGCGACUGAUUUUAUUCACUGAUUCUCAAACCCACUACUUCUGCUGGGUUCUUCAUGAUAUCACAGACUAUACACACAAUCCCUUUGUCCUAUAGGCCAUGUAUUCAUCACAAUAUGAAUACAUGGCGGUAUAGCUCGGUCGGUAGAGCGGCCGUGUCAGCAACUUGAGGGUUGCAGGUUCGAUCCCCGCUUCCGCCACCCUAGUCACUGUCGUUGUGUCCUUGGGCAAGACACUUUACCCACUUGCUCCCGGUGCCAGCCACACUGGUUUAAAUGUAACUUAGAUAUUGGGUUUUACUAUGUAGAGCGCUUUGAGUCACCAGAGAAAAGCACUAUAUAAAUAUAAUUCACUUCACAUUUCCAGCAAUACCUCAGUUUUUGUUAAUAGUCCCUUCCAAAAAAUGGUAAAUACUGUAUAGCGCUUUUCGACCUUCAAGGUACUCAGAGAGCUUUGACACUAUUUCCACUUUCACACAUUCACACACAGACGCAUGCCAUGCAAAGCCCUAACCACGACCCAUAAAGUGUCAUGCUCAAGGACACAACGGACGUGACUCGGUUGGUAGAAGCUGGGGAUCGAACCAGGAACCCUCAGGUUGCUGGCAUGGCCACUCUCAAAAACCGCGCCAUCCCCAACAAACAAAAAAUCCAAUUGAUCUGUUCCAAACACCAAAAAUAUUGACACAAACUAAGUUUUAUGUAGAAUAAUUCUAGUUUUUUUUACGCCCUAAACAAUGUGUAAUACAUAUGAAAUUGAUAUAUGAGUAAUUUUUGUAAUCCAGUGGUGUUUCUUGCCAUCUUUAUCAAAGUGCUGGCACUCGCAACUUUCUUUGGCCCCGUCCUGGCUUAUUUUGCUGUGGCACUCUGCAAAAAGACUGAAGUCUGUAGUUCGCCAAAAACUGUAGAUUUUUACUGAUUUUUUUCGAAUUCUGUUUUGUGAUUUUUAUUAGACUCCAGUGUAAAUGUGCACAGGCCCUAAUGUGGUCCUAAUGUGGCUUCAAAGUGGCCCUAAUGUGGCCUCGGCUUCACUUGCAUUCGCAGUCCGAUAAAGUGAAAACAAAUGAAGUUGACGGGAUUCCGUAAAUGAACAAGGAAGUCGCUACUAAUACUACAAAAAUAUGUUGCCACGACUUAAAAAUUAGGGUUUUUAUUACAUGAAAAUAAAUGAAAGUAGUUUUGUGUGUGUAUGUAUAUGUG